UCUUUAUUUUUCUAUUCUGCUCUUUCCAGUUGCAGAAAAGGUGCCUGUUUUGUUACUCUGCCAAAAUAUAUAACAUAUAAUGCUUCUAGCCUCUCAAAGCUGAGCUUCAGGGGAAAUGAUGGACAGCAGCAGCAGAGGAAAUGAUACUGAGACCUCCCGUCUGAACAACCCGUCCUCUCUAAAUAUGAACCACUAUGCCAACAAGAAGAGUGUGGCUGAGAGCAUGCUGGAUCUGGCUCUGCUGAUGGCGAACGCCUCUCAGCUAAAGGCUGUGUUGGAGCAAGGGCCCAACGUCUCCUUUUACGCUCUCAUCGUCACUUUAAUAAGCAUCUCCCUGUGUCUGCAGGUCACCGUUGGAAUCCUUCUCGUCUUCAUAGUUCGAUGGAACCUCAAUGAUGAGCGAAAGCACCGGCAGCUGAACCUUUUGGAGAACUUGGCUACAGGCCUGGUUUUUAUGAUAGUGGUUGUUAAUGUGUUCAUAACAGCCUUUGGAGUCCAUCGGCCAAACCGCACUGACUGACUGAUAAAGUAAAAAAAAAAACAAAAAAACACACAGGUAGGUGUUUUCUCUGCUGACACUGUGCAGUUUACUCCUAUAGACAUCCAUGUUGUCAGCAUGUUUUUGGUUCUGACCUGACCUGCGCAAUCCCCUACCUGACCCACAAAUACGCUGACCCCCCCUCCAAGCUCUGGAAAAGCCCGGAAAUGUUGUUUUCUUCAACUCACACAAAAUCCAAUUCGUGCUCAUUUGCUCGAACAUCAGCAAAGAGAAACAACGGUAGUUACAAAGUGGCGAGGUGUGUAAACAACACAACAUUUGUUCAGAGCCAUUAAACACAACAGUAGUCAGGAACAUGUGACCUCACACGGUCCGUCUCCUCCUCUGUCCCACUGCUGACAGCUGGAGAUGUUUCAGUUUUCAACAAGGACGUCAUUCUUCUCCAGACAGUUUGAACCAGCAGGUUUGAUGAUACUUGACCAGGGUGUGCCUCCUCUGACCUCCACGGUUUUACCCGUACCGACACACCUGCCGCCAACCACAGGCAACAGGCACCAACAUUCAAUUAUAACAAUGCUUAGUUGUGCCAUGACUGUUUGGUGUGAGUAAAGCUGGAGCAGUGUGUGUAUGUGUGUGUGUCUCUGGACUAGCAGCUGGUGAGUCACCGCAGCAGAGGCCCGAGCAGAAGUGCUCGUUAAAACGGAAGCCUUAAUUAGACAGUGUUUCAGCACUGUCACUCAAACCCCAGUUCGAGUCCAAGUACAUCACCUGAUUCCGUUUUUAGCACACAUCAGUGGCUUUAAACUACACAAUCGACUGUCUGUCUGUUCUGCAUAAUUGCUCCUGCGCUUAAAUGCACAGCAGCUACAGCUGGAAAAAUAAUUCUGGCAAAUCGUGACAAAGCAGCUUUUGCAUAAAAGCAGACAUUAAAUCUCUUUUCCGCCUCCACAACUAUCAUCGGUAACCGUGGAAACAGUCAGACGAGCUGAGGACCAGACUGAUGAUCCACACAGCUCCAGAUCUGUGGACUGACAUGCACAGAGUGUGCAUGAUGCACGUCUGCAGGAACAUCAAAGGACGCUGACGCCCAGAGGAAUUAUGUUCAAGCAUUACAGCAAAUAGAUCUCUGUGUGGAAGUGUGGAUUGCUACUAUUCCAGCAGAACAAUAACACUGCUGACACCUCCAGCCCCCCUUUGGCACUGCCCCAGCUGUCCUCCCUCUCUCUCUCUGGUUUACUCCCUUUUCUAAUGUCUCACUCUGUCUCCUUACAGUGAGCCGUACUGCAAAUUUAUUAUAGAUCAGCCGCUGAUGGUUCCCUCCAGAAGCUCACAUCACACGUGUGCUGUGGUUGCUUUCACUAAUGUAAGAUCUCCUUCAAGAGGGCUCUUAAGUCAUCAUGGAUGGAAUGCACUAACCCCUGCACACAAAUCAAGCCUGCUGUGCCUUUGGCAGUCAAGCAUUUAAUGUAGCGAUUAAUUCGGAUGAGUUUACUCAAUCAAUUUGAUUGCCGUUACUAAAUAAUGAGUGCAGUC